AUGGGCAGCCCCCCCGCAAUCACUGUAACUGAUCAAGAUCCGGCGAUGAAAGUUGCAAUUGCACAGGAAUUCCCUGAAACGCGUCAUCGGUACUGCAUGUGGCAUAUAAUGACAAAGGUGGGUGAUAAAGUGGGCAUUGACCUAGCGAGGAACGAAGAGUUUAGACGGGAGCUAAAUACUGUAGUAUGGAACGACGCCUCAACUACUGCAAAUUUCGAGCAUGCAUGGAAAGCUGUAAUGGAAAAAUAUGCCAUACCUGAAAAUUCGUGGCUGAAACAUAUGUAUGAUGAGCGUGCGUCAUGGGGUCCUGCGUGUUUUGAAGGAGUUUUUAUGGGCGGAUUACUACGUACGACAUCCCGGUCCGAGGCAGAGAAUAGAAUUUUCAGAAGCAAUACUAACAAGCACCUUUGCCUUACAGAAUUCUUCAUCCGAUUUGAGAGUACAGAGGAAAUUAUUGCAGGUUGUUUUGAAUGCCGGGUAAGAGCAGUGACAAUCGGUGACGGCAUCAAGACUUAUGAGGUGGAUGAUAAGCGCGGGACACAGUACGGUUUGACCGUUGAGGAUGUGACAAUGAUUACGCACUGCCCCUGUCGAAUGUAUACAAGGAUUGGUCUAUUGUGUCGACACGCUUUUGCAGUGCUAAUAUACGAGAGGGUUGAUACCAUACCGCCGCAACAGAUCACCCCGCGAUGGACACGCAACGCAAUAACAGAAUAUGAAGAUGAACUGAGGAAGUAUGGAUAUGGAGGGGCCACAACGGGUAAUGAAGCAUCAGAUGUAAUAAACACGUUCUACAGGUGUUUGGGGAUUGCCAAGGGGGACAGUUUAAAAUUGCAACAAAUGUGUUCUGUUCUAUCGGAUAUGGAGACAACUUGGUGCGGGCACGAAGAAGUCCAAGUGGAUGCAGCUAGUGGGAAACAAGCGAUCAUGAAGUCUUACUGUGGCGUACCCGCACCUGAGACGAUUACUGUGCACCAACCACCGGUGACAAGCAACAAAGGGUCGGGUAAACGGAUGAGGUCUGCUAAAGAGCUGGCAAUGAAGGAGCAAAACAGGAAGAAGCGCACGUGCAAAACUUGUGGCAUGGCAGAUGGGCAUAACAGUAGAAGCUGCCCGCAGAAGUAG